UUGGUUUUGAGUAGCCACGAAAGAUUGCUGCUUUUUGUUGAGGUUUAAGCAUGUGGGUUUCCUUUGCUUUCAGUUUUGGAUAGAGUUUUAAGGUCUUUGUAGUUCUUUGUUUUUGGUUGUGUUUAUUGAGAGUGGGUAUUGUUGAGACAAAAGAGAUGGAGGAAUAUGCAAGAAAGGGUGAAAGGUAUGGCGGCGGUUCUGAGGAGGAAAAGCUUGAGCUGAGGCUUGGUCCACCAGAUGGAGGGUGGUCCAGAGGAAGGGAGGAGUCUUCUUCACUUCUCAGUUUUGGGUAUUUGUCUAAUGGUGGGAAGAGAGGGUUUAUGGAGUGUGUUAAUGGAGGUAGUCAAGCCCCCCACAAAUUCUCUUCAUUUCUUCAGCUGAGUUCACAGGGCCAUCAAGGUAUGGGUGUGACUGUGAGGCCACAGGCUCAGGAAUCAUCACAGCCUGGUUGCAACAAAGGAGUAGAGGUUCAGAGUUGUUCAGAAAAGAAGGCACCUGCAAAUACAACACCCACAGCUGUGCCCAACAACACCUCUCAGAAAAGGGUGGUGCUAGGAAGGUUGUGAUAUCUGCUCCUAGCAAGGAUGCCCCAAUGUUUGUUGUGGCAGUAAACGAGAAGGAAUACAAGCCCGAGUUUGACAUUGUUUCCAAUGGCUACACUACUACUAAUUGUCUUGCUCCACUCCAUCACUGGUUAGUAGUUGUACUUGUAUAUGUUAUGUAUUAUGUUACUGAUUUGGACUAUUGUUUGUAUGGGAUAUCAAACCGUUCAUAUGCUUUCCAGCUACUUAGAAGACGGUUGAUGGUCCAUCCAUGAAGGAUUGGAGAGGUGGAAGAGCUGCUUCAUUCAAUAAAUGCUAUUAUGGCUCCCACACAUUCGAUCACUUUGGUUAAUUUGCAUGCGUUAUUAUGUAGGCUGUUGGGAAGGUACUCCCAGCCCUUAAUGGAAAGUUAACUGGAAUGGCCUUCAGAGUUCCCACUGUAGAUGUUUCUGUGGUUGAUCUUACUGUGAGAAUUGAGAA